CAAUGUAGUCCCCCAAAUCCCCACUCUACACAGUAUGGCCGCCAGUUAUUAAUAAUCAAAGCAUAAACAAUCAGAUAUUGUUGAUAGUUAAAAUAAUACCGCUAAAAACCGAUAAAAUUUGUCAAACAAAUCUAAAAUUUAACAAAAAAAUUGAUAUUUUUAUCUCCAGAUUAAAAUGACCUUGAUAAAAUAAGCGAUAAAUACACAAAAAGUGAUGCUUUAAAACACUUACACCACGAAAUUAUUUCAAAAACGAAUAUGUCGUGGAAAUCGACUUUAAUACGGCUUUUAGAAGAUAACCGUGGUUUGGUGGUUCUUUUUUUCUGCCUCCCAGCAAGUUACAUCUUCAAUCUAAUCCUUCACACCAAAAAUUGGCUCUACAGAAAGUUUUAUGGGAGUUCUCUAAAUCACGAUCGACAAGUGAUAAAGAUUCAAAAUCAAAUAAAGUCAUGGAAGAAAAGUAAUAGUACUAAAUUACUCUGUAAUGAUCGUCCCAACUGGUUAAGUUUAUCAACAAAGUUUUUUCAAAAACAAAAGUGCCAUAAAGUGUCAGUUAAUUUGGUGAAUAUCUUAGAAUUAGAUAAAAAAAAUUUAACAAUUCGAGUUGAACCAAUGGUGACCGUUGGAGAAAUAACCGAGUAUCUUAUACCGAUGGGUUACACUUUAGCGGUGACUUUAGAAAUUUCUGACGCCACUUUGGGGGGGUUAGCAAUGGGGACAGGUAUGACAACGUAUUCUCACAAAGUCGGUUUGUAUCAAGAAACGAUAAUUUCGUACGAAGUUGUUUUGGGUGAUGGUUCAAUGGUGACAGCAACGAAAGUUGUUAAUUCAGAUCUUUAUAAGGCAUUACCAUGGUCCCAUGGCAGUUUAGGAUUUUUAGUUGGAUUGACUUUAAAAAUAAUUAAAGUUAAGCCUUACGUAAAAUUAACAUACAUUCCAAUAAAAGGACAGAAAGAAUAUUGUGAUAAAAUUCGCUACCUAUCCGGAGCUAUUAAUUGUAAAGAUAAAGUUCCUGAUUAUGUUGAAGCCACGAUUUAUAAUCGAAAUGAGGCGGUUGUAAUGACUGGAGAAUUUUCGAAUGGUGAUUCUAAUUUACCCAUUAAUCAUGUUACAAAGUGGUACAAACCUUGGUUUUAUAAACACACAGAAAGUGCUUUGAAAAAAGGGAAAUUUACCGAAUUAAUUCCGUUAAGGGAAUAUUUAUUACGACAUAACAGAGCGAUAUUUUGGGUGGUCGAAUCGAUGAUUCCUUUCGGAAAUAAUCCAUUAUUUAGAUUAUUUUUUGGUUGGUUAUUACCCCCAAAACCAGCAUUUUUAAAAUUCACAACAACUCCAGGAAUUCGAACUUUCACCUUCACAAAUCAAGUUUUCCAAGACAUCGUUUUACCAAUAAACGAAUUAGAAAAUCAAAUCGCGACCUCCGAGAAAUUAUUUAACACAUAUCCACUUUUGGUUUAUCCAUGUAGGGUUUACGAUCACGGCCCGGAAUCAGGACAAAUAAAACGACCACCAUCUAAAUACUUAAUUCCAGGAACGAAUUAUGCCAUGUAUAAUGAUUUGGGAAUCUACGGUGUUCCAGGACAUGUUAAAAAUAAAGUUAAAUACAACCCAGUUGCUGCUAUGCGCGAUAUGGAAGCGUUUACGCGGGAUGUCGGUGGCUUUUCAUUUUUAUACGCAGAUAUUUUUAUGACGCGCGAAGAAUUUGGGACGAUGUUCGAUUUAGAGUUGUACGAAAAAGUGCGGAAGCGGUAUUUUGCCGAAGGGGCGUUCCCCCAUUUGUACGAAAAAGUCAAACCAGAAAUUGACGUUUUCGAUAUUGCAAAAAGAUAUGAAUAAAUAAUUUAAAAAAUUUAA